AUGGACCAUCGGAUUCCUCGUAUCCUGAGGAACCUCAGACUGUGCGAGACCGGGCCGGCCUUCCAACAAGGAAGAGCUUCUCUUGUACUGAGUGCGGGAAAUGUUUCCAUUUUAAAUCCCGUCUUAACACCCAUACAAGAUCUCACACAGAUCUUAAUUUCCAUAAAAAAUGUCACACAGUGGAAAAGCCACAUUCCUGUUCUGAGUGCGGGAAAUGUUUCCAUUUUAAACAUGUUCUUAAUGUGCACAAAAGAACUCACACAGGGGAGAAGCCAUUUUCCUGCCCUCAGUGCAAAAAAUGUUUUUCACAAAAAUCCCAUCUACAACUACAUCAUACAACAUACCACACAGGCGAGAAGCCAUAUUCCUGUCCUGAGUGCGAGAAAUAUUUUGUACAAAAAUCACAUCUUGUCAAACAUCUGA